AUGUCACGACUCACCGUCUACAGUCUUCUCCUUCUGGUGUCCUACGUCACUGCGGCACCAGGCGUCGAACAGAACUACACGAUAUGUAAUUGGGCCCGACUUCGAGCUGGUAUUGUUCGAGACGCAAUCUAUCUCGAUGGCGGCCUGCUAUGGUGGCAGACGGCCUUUGUCGACGGGUCUACACCAGUCGUCAGCAGCAAUGGUGGCGUAUCAGGCGAGCUGUACAGGCUCAAUCUUUCCCAGCCAUUCGAAACAAGCACAACAAAUCUUUCCGCACUACUCGAGCCUAUGCCGAAAGCCGGUGGUCAGGGCAACAACAUUGCCCCAAACUACAUCGAUGGCACCAUGAUGACGAAUGAUGGUGAAUUAUACCUGUACGGAGGGCUUCCACAUUUGACAAAUUCGACCUCGGGCCAAAGUGAAGAGUCUGUCCUAGGGUAUGAGGCAUUCCAGUACGGUGCUACGAGAGAGAGCUGGACGCCAGGCUUCUACCAAGGGUCACUCGGCACGAACGUGAGCAGAUACAUCACUAAUGGCGCUGGAGCUUCCGCACCAAGUGAAAACCUUGGCUAUUACUUCAGUGGCAUGCGCGGUGCAGACUGGGGAGAGAUUCACUAUGAGGACGCUUCCGCUACUAUUCCUGCUAACACGUUAAUUGAAGUGGAUAUGUCGACGAUGAGGAGUGAGAAGUGGACCAACUUCACGCUACCUGACGACAUCGUCCCGCGAGCCAAUGCUGAGUUGGUGUGGCUACCGGUCUCACAGCGUGGUGUACUUCUUGCGAUUGGAGGUGUGACUGAGCCUGAGGAAAUAUAUCCUGCUGGUCUCAAUGAUUCUCAACUAGCGAGAUCGAAAGCCAUCAGUCCUUCAUUCAUGGAGAGCAUACCUAUAUACGACAUCGAAUCCGAGAAGUGGUAUACACAGAACAUUUCUGGGACCGAAAAGCCACCUCAGCUGACGCAAUUCUGCUCAGUCCUGGCCACAGAGGAGGAUUCUUCGACUUGGAACAUUUACAUCUACGGCGGGUAUAAUGGCAUUGACGCCAGUAAUGGUCCUUCGGACGAUGUCUGGGUGCUGAGCUUGCCUUCUUUCACCUGGACAAAAGUGUACGAAGGAACGCCGUCGCAUGGCCGAAGUGGUCAUCAUUGUAUCUCACCCUACCCAGACAAGAUGUUCGUCAUCGGUGGAGUCCAUCAAAGUCAAGCUGAGUGUGUUGAAGAUGGCUUCAUUCAGGUCUUCGACCUCAACACGUUGACAUUUACCAACGAAUACCACCCCGACCAAUGGCAGCCGUACAACCAGUCUGAGAAGAUCUCCACCACAAGUCGUCGCUUCGUGAAGCGACAAGCUCAGUGGUCGAGUCCCGCUCUGGAAAGCAUAUUCUCGACCAAGUACACACGCGAGAUACCACAGUAUUAUCCGUACAAGUCCGCUGCGCCCGCAGGCAACGGGUCUACAGGAACGCAAUCCUCUGGCUCGUCAACGAACAAAGUGGCUAUCGCUGUCGGCGUAUCCAUUGGGGUGCUUGUCGUGGGCCUGGCGCUCCUGCUGAUCCUACUGCUCCGCCGAAAAGGCAUGCUACGAUCAAGAUCCAGCAUGAGCAGCCGCACCAAGCGAAGCAGAAUAUCAAAUUGGCUCACUGGGACUAAAGAGUCUACCUCUCCCCACCACAAGAGCUUCAACAGUUCCACCUCCGAACUCGAUGGCGACCUGGUACAGCAAUACUCGAGCGCAUCAGCAGUCGUAUCCUCGGAAUCCUCCUCUCACAACUCUCAUACACCUCUAGCACCAGCCGAGCGACCGCACAGAGUUCCGCAAGAAAUGGCAGCAAUUGACCGGCCCCGCGCGCCCUUUGAACUUGCCACACCAUACAACAACCAAUCACAUCCGCGCCAUUCCAAUGCCGUCGAUUAUGCCUACGACAAUGCAAAAGGCCACUCGUCGCGCUCCACCUCGUCAGAGUAUCUGAAGAACCCAGCUGUCCACGACCGACAGAUCCGAGACUCACGAGCAUCCGUGGAUCUCGCCGAUGCUGCACGCUCUACAACCUCCUCCGAGGAGUCCGGCUCAACGACAGCAUGGCCACUACCAAAAUCGCGGCCCAUCUGGGAGCGAUCGCCAUCGACAAUAUCCAACAACGCUGAGCCCACCGACCACUUACUGCCACCGGCAGCAACAGUCCCAGCAAUCCCACGGCAAUACCGCUCCCUUAGUAACGACGCCACACCCUCGCGCCUUCGUCCCGUGCUUCCCGACACCCAGCCCAGCAACUCCAACUCUAACUCAUCCUCGAACCCAUCGAGCCAAAGCAAGGACAUCUCGAGCAUGAGCUCCGCCCCCGACCACGUCGUUAGCCCGAUCCGUGAGUCCUCGCACACGGACGAUGACCUCUGGGAGUCUGCCCCUCCCAACAGCAGCCGGCAUUCCCAUGCAUGGACAGCAGAUUCAAACCCACAACGACAGAGUCUCAUGGACUCGAUGGUCAGCCCGAUCACGCCCGACGAACCGCAUGGGCCUGGAAGGUACCAUACCUGGGAGCGAGAGGAGCCUCCGAAGUUGGCGGACGUAGUGGAGGAGCAGCCGCGACGGUACAAAAGCUGGCAAGAUCCUCCGCCAAAGAUAGCGGAGGAGCAGCCGCGGCGGAGCAGUGAGAACGAGGGGCGGGAGAAUUGGUGGGGAGGGAGGUGA